GUUGUUGCAUUGUUUUCUAUUGCAGAAUGCUUAAAACAUUUUCAGAUACAUUUCACCUUUAUCUAAAGGGAAAACAGACGGAAAAACAAAGUUAUUCUUGAUAUUAUGCCUUACCAAAUAUUUCGUUAUGUCCUAAGUUUGAUAAUUAAUCACAUUAUAUUGAAGCACUGUAGAAACUCAUACCGUCGUAUGAGACAAAACUGAACGAACGUUUCCAAAUUUUAUAUUUGUUAGAAUAGCAGUAUCAAUACGAGGAUUUUUAGAGGAGCAUUUUAUUUGAUGUUUUUCACCUUAGUGUUUGGUCUGGUAUCAAGUGCUGAAAAGAAAUCAAAGUCAAUGUUACUGAAAAAAACUACAAGCAUUUCAAAAAUGAUUUUUUUGAAGGCGAUUUCUAGUGACAUAUAUUGGUUUUAGAGGUAAUAUCUCGAAAUUAUGGAAGGAUAUUGGUCAACUACGAAAAACAUUUAACGACAACAAUUACUGUGACUUGCAAAAAGGCUCAAGAAAAACCAGUGGACGAGGUAUGAAAUCAAGGCAAAACAACAUGUGCUCUUUAAUACGCACAUUAAAUACAGAUGUCACACAAUUAGAAAAGACAUUCAAUGCAAAUAUAAGAACACUUGAGCAAAAUCAGGCCGAUGUUAAAGCUAAAUUAGAUAACACAUCCUCAAAAGUGGAGAAACAUGGCAAAGAUUUGAACUCUUUUGACAAAUUUAACAAGGGAUCGCUUAAAAAGCAUGACGAUGAAUUAAAUACUCUUAACAUAAGUUUUGUAAAAAAUACGGAAGAUAUACAGACAAUUAAGAAUAUUUUAAGCACGCUUAAAGAAUGUCUGGAUGGAGCAAACACGGAUUGUCAUGCUACUCAGUUGGAACAGAAAGAAUGACGUGUAAACAUGCUGUUAAGUCUUGUAAAAAGGAAGGAGCACAUUUAGUGGAAUAUGAGAGCGAAGAUGAAGUGAAGUUUGUUUUAGAUCUUGUGUUAAGUAUUGCAGGGCGGUAUGGUUCUGGGAAGUUUACAGGAUUUUUGAUUGGAGGAUCUGAUCAAAAGAAAGAGGGAACAUGGAAGUGGACAAGUUCUGGUAGAGCAAUAGACGCUGGCUUUACUUACUGGCUUGAAGGGCAACCAGAUAACUAUUCUAAUGAGGACUGUUUGACAAGUUGUAUCAACCAGAAUGGAACAUGGAAUGAUAUUGAUUGUAAUAACGAACGGAAAUAUGUGUGUGAAAAACCACUUUUUGAUAACAUUGAUUAACUUUCUCUCACAUACCGGUAUUGUAUCUUUGUGUUUUAACAAAGUUAUGAGGGUUGAUCAAGAUAUUCAAAGUCUACAUGAACUUUCUUUAUUCAUUGUUACAAUACUUUAAACUUAUUCUUAAAUUUUCAACUAAGACUAUCUUGUAAAUUGAAAGAUGAAAAAAAACAA